UGAUAAAAUGGAAAAAAAUAUAACAAAAUAGGAACCCGUUGAAAGGUUGCACAGUAGUAUGUCGUCAUAUUUCAUCAUCAAUCAUCAUCAUCAUCAGGAUCAACAGAAGGCGGCGAGGGGCGAAUCGGCAGCAGGUAUGAAGAAUGAGAUGGAGGCGGUGUUUGGGGGUGCUGGAAAGACAGCCCCGGGGGUGACUGUUGCGAUGGCGGUGAAUCCUGCCAGUCUUGGCUUCAUUGGCAUUGGCAACAUGGCCCAGGCACUGCUAACGGCCUUCCUGAAGAAAGGCCUGGUGGACCCUCAGCUUGCCAUUGCCAGCGCUCCCUCUGACCGCAACCUGGACAAAAUCCGACCUCUUGGGGUUAAGACGACGCACAACAACAAUGAAGUGGUGAGCAGCAGCGACCUUGUGUUCCUGUGCGUCAAGCCCCAUCUGCUGGGUCCUGUGUUGGCCGACCUGCAGCCCCUUCAGGAUGGCCACAGUCCCCUCUUUGUGUCUGUAGUGACGGGCGUGUGUCUGGAGGAUCUGGAGGAGAUGCUCGGCAGUGUGGUGGAGAACCCUCGUGUGGUGCGCUCCAUGCCUAACACACCUUCCACUGUGGGCCUGGGCUGCUGUUUGUAUGUCAGAGGGACCCACACCACGGAGGCAGAUGCCGAGGCCACCAACUCCCUCCUGAGCUCCGUGGGCAUGAGUGCUGAGAUCCCUGAGUACCAGAUGGAUGCUGCCUGUGGCCUCGCCGGCUCGGGCCCUGCAUACAUCUAUGCAGCCAUUGAGGCACUCGCAGAUGGUGGAGUUAAGAUGGGACUCCCCAGGCAGCUGGCACAGACCCUGGCAGCACAGACGGUGAAGGGUGCGGCAUCCAUGGUGCUGGAGACUGGCAAGCACCCAGGGCAGCUGAAGGACGAGGUGUGCUCCCCCAGCGGCACCACCAUCGCCGCCAUGCACACCCUCGAGAAACACGGCUUCAGGAACUGCCUCAUCUCAGCAGUGGAGGCCUCAGCGCUGCGGGCCAAGGAGCUCGGGGCCAAGAAGUAGCCUGCUGAACCCCCCUGCUCACCUCAGCACUUCAGCACAUUCCAGCUUGUGUUUUAGUGUCUGCUUUAUGUUAUGAGCCUUCUCUUCCCAGUUGUGGAAUCAGAGAUGAAAAUGAUGUGUGAUGAUAAUUCUGCUGGUGAUGUUGGUAAUGAAAUGAAGAUGAUGGUGUAUGGAGGGAAUAGUGAGUGCAACAUAAAAGCCAUACCACCAAGUAUUGUGUUGGAAAUGUAGAUAUGAUGUAAUAGUAUGGGAAAGACAUUAAAGCUGAGUGCAUAGUAACUGGAUACAAAUGAAUAGUGAGUGACAGUAAUAGACUUGGAAGCAAAGAGAAGCUGAAAUGUGUAUAGACUUAUUACUAUAUAUUUGUUUCAUUUUGUUUAUUAUUUUAUUGUCUUAUUGAAAUAAAAAAGUAACACAUUGCUGUACACACACACACACACACACACACACACACACACACACACACACAUACACAUACACUGCUCCAAUAUCUCAGUUGGUUAAAGCGCAGAGCUGCCAGGCUUUGUAGCGUAGCAGGCAGAGGUUCGAGUCUGGGGAAACAUACAAUCUUCUUAGAAACAUAAAAGCAGCAUUUACAUAUCUAGAUGAAGAAAUGGUGAAGAAACUAAUAACAUCAAUGAUACGUCCAAGACUAGAACAUGCAGCAUUAGUGUGGUCACCUAGAUUGAAGAAAGAAAUUAGAAAGUUGGAAAGAAUACAGAGAGCAGCGACUAAACUACCGGAAACUCUGAGAGAGCAUACUUAUGGAGAAAGACCGGAGAAAUUAGGACUAACAACACUGGAGAGAAGAAGAGAGGGGACCUAAUAGCAUUAUGCAGGAUACAAGAGGGAUUGGAGAAAUUGGACGGGGGAGACUUAGUGGUACGUGAUAGGAGGGAGACUAGAGGGAAUAGUAAGAAUUUGAAGAAGAGCGUCUGUAGGAGAGAACUCAAGAGAUACAGUUUUCCAUACAGAAGUAUAACAACAUGGAACGGACUUGACGAGGAAACUGUGUGUGCAAAAACGAUUCAUGAAUUUGAAGCCAAACUGGAUAAUAAGCGUUAUGGAGACAGGACAUCAUGAGCCUAGUACAGCUCUUUUUUCCUGUAUUUCACAACUAGGUAAAUACACACUCACACAUGCACACACAUACAAAUGUAAAGCACAAAUAAAUGAUGUAAUGAAGUGUAUCUUGGGUGUGAUUGUUGGGAGAAAGAAUUGUGUGUGUGUGUGUGUGUCAUUACAACCAACCAUAAAUGUGAACUAUGUCAUUAAUGGUUACAAAGCAAGCAGGGCAUUACCUCAUAGCAGCAGCUCUUCCCUGAGCCUGUUACUCAAGACAUUUCCAGGUGGGCUGAAUGAGCGUGCCAUUUAUCUUGGUAAUGUGAGACUUUAUUAGUUUUGCAUUAUAUAGUUUCAUCAUGGCAUGGCUGGUACAUUAAUGAACUAAUUACCAAUGAUAUUGUUAAUUAUAUUAGUUUUUUUAUUAUUAUUUAAAGCUGAUAUAUGUAAAUGAAAUAAAAAAAUAUAUGUACAUAG